GCGAGCUCAGCACAAACCGGUCUAGCGUGUGCAAGCAUCUCAGCUCAGCAACAUGGUGAUGUACACUUCGCCACCGGCAGACCCGGAGGCGGGCUUGGAGGAGAAGACGGUGGUGGUGGUGGAGAAGAGAUCGUUUGCAGGAUGGAUGUGGAAGCUCUCUGCGGGCCUCCUGGUGGCCGCCCUGUGCUUAGGCCUGGUCCUGCUGUUCGCCUGGUACUGGCACGGUAGAUCCGAGCCCAUGACGCCUGCAGGCCCGACUCAGGCGCUGGUCGAGGACCCAGAGGAUAAAACAGAUCCUCACGACACCCUACUGAGAAUCAGCAGCAAAGCCAAGGCCGCCAUUCACUUAGAAGGGAUCCAUACUGGAGGUCAGAGUAUGCCAGAACAGCUGGAGUGGAGGAACGGUCAGGGUCAGGCCUUCGCUCAGGGUGGCCUACGCCUGCUCAACAACCAGAUCGCCGUCCCGCACACGGGCCUCUACUUUGUCUACAGCCAGGCGUCCUUUCGCGUGUCCUGUAGCGAGGAGGAGGCGGAGGAGAAUGAAAUGGCGAGCAAGAACUUCAUGCCCCUCAGCCACAGGAUCUGGCGGUACUCCGACUCGGUGGGGCGCAAGGCGUCCCUGAUGAGCGCGGUGAGGUCGGCGUGCCAGCAGGGAGGAUCGGCCGAGAACGAUCACCGCGCCAAGCAGGGCUGGUACAACGCCUUGUACCUGGGCGCCGUCUUCCAGCUCAACAAGGGCGACCGGCUGUGGACGGAGACCAAUCAGCUGUCGGAGCUGGAGACGGACGGUGGAAAGACCUUCUUUGGCGUGUUUGCACUUUGACUCCCACCUCAAAGUGUGGCCUACCUCCCACAGAACUUCUCCCCCAACAAGACUGGUUCUGCUCUCUGCUGAGGAACCAAAGAUCAAUUCCUUUUGCUUAGCAAAUAGGAUUUUUUUCACCGUUUAUCCUAUUCGGGUCACAGGUGAGCUGGAGUUCGUCUCAGCUGGCUUUGACAAGAGGCGGGGUACACGCUGGACGGGUUGCCAGCCGAUCACAGGGGUUUAUACUAGUAUACAUAUAUCUAGUAUAUGGAUGGAUGGAUAUAUAUUUGUUUCUUCGUUUUUGUCUGCACGUUUAUUCAUCGAUGCGAUGAUGAAGAAGUCUUUGAAUCUCAAUGGAGAUGAACUUUAGCAUCUUUAUGAACUGUACCAGUUUACAUCUGCUGUCUAUUUAUUUCUAUUUAUUUGUAUUUAAAGCAUCGGGACAUGGUGCUAUUUAUGGAGAGUAAAGUUUCAAUACGACAACAACAAAACGGCUGUGUUACAAAUAAGUUAGCGCUGGGAAUAUCAGGGUAGCUCACGUUAGGAUACGAUUUGCAAUACACGGCUCACGAUCAUGAUGACGGGAACGUCUCGACAUGGCAACAAGAUGAAACAAAAACAAACAACUACUUGUAGUUUAUAUUUGGCAGCAUAAUAAGAAACACCAAUUGUGCAAAAACAAUGACACAGUUUUUGGGGAACAUAACUCGAAACAGAACUUUAUUUCAGGUGACACUACUUUAAAGUCGCUCAGAAAUCACAACAGCUCAAGUCUCUCAUGCAGAUCAAAUCUAUUAAGCAGAGGCACAACAAAAAUAAAUGGUGGAUUAUGGUAGCGGUGACGUAAUCAGCGGAAUUGUCAUGGAAAGUUUGGCUCUUUUUAAAGAACUGGAUCCCAAAAGGAAAAGGGUGGAGUGCUGUCUGCGGGUCAGGGAUGAGGUCCUCCUCCAAGUGCAGAGGUUUAAGUACCUCGGGGUCUUGUUCACGAGUGAGUGAAGGCUGGGACGCGAGGCUGGCAGGUGAAUUGGUGCAGCGUCUGCAGUGAUGCGGACUCCGCAUUGAUCAGUUGUGGUGAAGAGGGAGCUGAGCCGAAAGGCAAAGCUCUCACUUUACGGGUCGUUCUACGUUCCUACCCUCACCUGUGGUCAUGAGCUUCGGGUAGUGACCCAAAGGACAAGAUGGCGGGUACACGCAGCUAAAAUGAGUUUUCUCUGAAGGGUGGCUGGGCUCUCCCUUAGAGAUAAAGUGAGAAGCACAGUAGAACCGCUGCUUCUCCACAUUGAGAGGAGCCAGAUGAGGUGGCACGGGCAUCUGGUCAGGAUGCCUCCUGGACUCCUCCCAGGGGACGGGAGGAGUCGGGAGGGCACGUCCGACCGGUAGGAGGCCACGGGGAAGACCCAGAACACGUUGGAGAGACUAUGUCUCACAACUGGCCUGGGAACACCUCAGGAUCCGCCAGGAGGAGCUGGACGAAGUGGAUGAAGCCUGAGCUUCCCUGCUUAGGCUGCUGCCCCCGCGACCCGGCCGGAUAAGCGUCAGAAGAUGGAUGGCUGGAUGGCUCCCAGACGGCUCCUCAGAUUGUUUACCAAAAUACGUGUAAAAUCUAUUUCUAGUGUAAAAACAUUUGUUGUUUAUAUGGCUUUGUUUAUCUAC